AUGGUUCCAUCUAAUAAUCGAAAUAAAAGAGGCAACCUGACACUAGAUGAACUAUUUAAACGACUACCACCACAGAAGCGACCUUCAAGUGAGGACGAAGAUUUACAGCUAGCCAUGGAGAUGAGUCAACGAGAGCAUAUCAAUGAACAAAAGAGAUUACUCGAGCAAUAUGCAUUACUAAGUCAAAAGCAGUUCAGGCCAUCCACGCCUUCACUUGCUACUGCUACAAUGAUCGCCAAAAAGAAAAGACUGAUCAAGGUUGAACCUGAAGAAGAGGAAGAACGAAUAGAGAACUUUACGGAUGAUGAUGACAGUCAAUGGUUCCAAACAGUAUCGAUGCGAUCCCAGCAACCUCCAGUCAAGAAAGCACCAUCAAAGCCAAAGCCAAAGCCCAAACCCAAACAAAAAGAGGCCUCCAAACAAAAAAGCAAGCGUCAUAUACCACUACCACCACCUACAUUCACGUCUGCAACUGCAUCUACCUCCUCCAUGCACAAUGAUACCAGCAGCAACAUCACAAUUGUCAAACGAGAAGAUGCAGGCGAGGUCCUUUUAGACAUUGACGAUGUAGAUGAAUGGCUUGAAGUCAAAGCUGAGCACACCGAAGCAUCCGAACCAGCUCUAGAAAUUACAGACUUAGAUGCCUAUCUCGACAAUUACCAAAACGAAGAGGAUAUGGAUCAAGAGCCGAAAUCUGUCAUCACCAUUGACGAUCAAGAAGAGCAGCACGAUAUACCACCAUCUCCUCAAGCAUCAUCUCCUCACUGUAUGCCAUGUCCCAUGUGCCAAAAGCUAUUUAAACAAGGAAGAGACAUACAAGAACAUGCAGCCAGCUGUAAUAAUAUGGUAUCAGAUACAGAUUCGGAUUCGGAUUGCGAUAUUAUUGAUUUAAUUAAUCCUGCAAAUACGGUGAUAAGCAAACAAACAUCCACUCCACCACCAUCAUUAGCCGAAGCAUCGACACCGGUACUCAUCGAGGGAGAGGAGGAGGAUGGCUAUCUUUCUCCCCUGGAAGGAUUCACCAGUAUCAAAAACAAUCAAAACGAAGCAUUUAACCCGUAUUUUCAACAAUUGCAGCAACCCACACCUAAACCACGAAAGGCUCGUGCAACAAGGAAAUCAACAACAACAAAGCGAGGUAAUGGCAGAGGAAGGUUUAGACCGUACAGACGUAAAAAGAAGUCUUAA